AAGCGUUGCUCCCCAGGGGAGGGAGCAGCGCUGGCCCAUUUUGCAGAUGGGGGAGUCGAGGCCCGGGCCAACUGCGAUCUCGGGGGCGGCCUUGGCUCCGUGGGAUGAGGUCCCGGACGUCCCGGCCCCCGGGGAAGGCUUGGCGGAGCGGGCAUGCGAUGCACAGCCAGUGCCGUUCGUCCCGCAGGUGCUGGGCGUGAUGAUCGGGGCUGGAGUCGCGGUGCUGGUCACGGCCGUGCUCAUCCUCCUGCUGGUGCGGAGGCUUCGAGUGCCGAAAACUCCAGCCCCGGAUGGCCCGCGGUAUCGAUUCCGGAAGAGAGAUAAAGUGCUUUUCUAUGGCCGGAAGAUUAUGCGGAAGGUAUCACAAUCCACUUCUUCGCUGGUGGACACCUCCGUCUCCACCACUUCCCGGCCACGCAUGAAGAAGAAACUUAAGAUGCUCAACAUUGCUAAGAAGAUCCUGCGCAUCCAGAAAGAGGCGCCAACGCUGCAGCGGAAGGAGCCCCCGCCUGCGGUGCUGGAGGCUGACCUGACCGAGGGCGACCUGGCCAACUCCCACCUGCCCUCCGAGGUGCUCUACAUGCUCAAGAACGUCCGGGUGCUGGGCCACUUUGAGAAGCCGCUCUUCCUGGAGCUGUGCCGGCACAUGGUCUUCCAGCGGCUCAGCCAGGGUGACUACGUCUUCCGGCCAGGCCAGCCCGAUGCCAGCAUCUACGUGGUGCAGGAUGGGCUGCUGGAGCUCUGUCUGCCGGCUCCUGAUGGGAAGGAGUGUGUGGUGAAGGAAGUGGUUCCUGGGGACAGUGUCAACAGCCUUCUGAGCAUCCUGGAUGUCAUCACCGGUCACCAGCACCCCCAGCGUACUGUGUCUGCUCGGGCGGCCCGAGACUCCACGGUGCUGCGGCUUCCAGUCGAGGCCUUCUCAGCCGUCUUCACCAAGUAUCCCGAGAGCUUGGUGCGGGUAGUGCAGAUCAUCAUGGUGAGGCUGCAGCGGGUCACUUUCCUGGCGCUUCACAACUACCUGGGUCUGACCAACGAGCUCUUCAGCCACGAGAUCCAGCCCCUGCGCCUCUUCCCCAGCCCGGGCCUCCCAGCCCGCACCAGCCCUGUGCGUGGCUCCAAGCGGAUAGCCAGCACCUCUGCUUCUGAGGAGGCGAGGGAGACGCCUGGCCGGCCGCCUGACCCCACCGGGGCCCCACUGCCUGCAACUGCAGGGGACCCAGUGAAGCCCACAUCCCUGGAAGCCCCCUCGGCGCCCUUGCUGAGUCGCUGCAUCUCGAUGCCAGUGGACAUCUCAGGCUUGCAGGGCGGCCCUCGCUCGGACUUCGACAUGGCAUAUGAGCGGGGCCGGAUCUCCGUGUCCCUGCAGGAAGAGGCCUCAUGGGGGCCCCAGGCAGCCCUGGCUCGGACCCCUACUCAGGAGCCCCGGGAGCAGCCAGCCGGCGCCUGUGAAUACAGCUACUGUGAGGAUGAGUCGGCCACUGGCGGGUGCCCCUUCGGGCCCUACCAGGGCCGCCAGACAAGCAGCAUCUUUGAGGCGGCGAAGCGAGAGCUGGCCAAGCUGAUGCGGAUUGAGGACCCCUCCCUUUUGAAUAGCCGAGUCUUGCUGCACCACACCAAAGCCGGCACCAUCAUUGCCCGCCAGGGGGACCAGGAUGUGAGCCUGCACUUCGUGCUCUGGGGCUGCCUGCACGUCUACCAGCGCAUGAUCGACAAGGCCGAAGACGUGUGCCUGUUCGUGGUGCAGCCCGGGGAGCUGGUGGGGCAGCUGGCCGUGCUUACCGGCGAGCCCCUCAUCUUCACGCUGCGAGCCCAGCGUGAUUGCACCUUCCUGCGGAUCUCCAAGUCUGACUUCUAUGAGAUCAUGCGUGCACAGCCCAGUGUAGUGCUGAGCGCCGCGCAGACCGUGGCCGCAAGGAUGUCGCCCUUCGUGCGCCAGAUGGACUUCGCCAUCGACUGGACAGCGGUAGAGGCGGGACGCGCACUGUACAGGCAGGGCGACCGCUCAGACUGCACCUACAUCGUGCUCAAUGGGCGGCUGCGAAGUGUCAUCCAGCGUGGCAAUGGCAAGAAGGAGUUGGUGGGCGAGUACGGCCGCGGGGAUCUCAUAGGAGUGGUGGAGGCGCUGACCAGGCAGCCACGUGCCACAACGGUGCACGCGGUGCGCGACACAGAGCUGGCCAAACUCCCCGAGGGCACCCUGGGCCACAUCAAACGUCGAUACCCGCAGGUUGUCACCCGCCUCAUCCACCUGCUGAGCCAGAAAAUUCUGGGGAAUUUGCAGCAGCUGCAAGGACCCUUCCCAGCAGGUUCGGGCCUAGGUGUUCCCCCUCACUCGGAGCUCACCAACCCAGCCAGCAACCUGGCAACGGUGGCAGUGCUGCCCGUGUGUGCCGAGGUGCCCAUGGUGGCCUUCAUGCUGGAGCUGCAGCAUGCUUUGCAAGCCAUUGGCCCCACACUUCUUCUCAACAGUGACAUCAUCCGGGCACGCCUGGGGGCCUCUGCACUGGACAGCAUCCAAGAAUUCCGGCUGUCAGGGUGGCUGGCCCAGCAGGAGGACACGCACCGCAUCGUGCUCUACCAGACGGACGCAUCGCUGACGCCCUGGACCGUGCGCUGCCUGCGCCAGGCCGACUGCAUCCUCAUCGUGGGCCUUGGCGACCAGGAGCCCACGCUUGGCCAGCUGGAGCAGAUGCUGGAGAACACGGCGGUGCGCGCCCUCAAGCAGCUGGUCCUGCUGCACCGCGAGGAGGGCCCGGGUCCCACGCGCACAGUGGAGUGGCUCAACAUGCGCAGCUGGUGCUCGGGGCACCUGCAUCUGCGCUGUCCGCGCCGCCUCUUCUCGCGCCGCAGCCCCGCCAAGCUGCACGAGCUCUACGAGAAGGUUUUCUCGAAGCGCGCUGACCGGCACAGCGACUUCUCCCGCCUGGCGCGGGUGCUCACAGGCAACACCAUCGCCUUGGUGCUGGGCGGGGGCGGGGCCAGAGGCUGCUCACAUAUCGGAGUGCUGAAGGCAUUAGAAGAGGCGGGGGUCCCUGUCGACCUGGUGGGCGGCACGUCCAUCGGCUCCUUCAUCGGGGCCCUGUACGCCGAGGAGCGGAGCGCCAGCCGCACUAAGCAGCGGGCCCGGGAGUGGGCCAAGAGCAUGACUUCAGUUCUGGAGCCCGUGCUGGACCUCACCUACCCCGUCACCUCCAUGUUCACGGGGUCGGCCUUCAACCGCAGCAUCCACCGUGUCUUCCAGGACAAGCAGAUCGAGGACCUGUGGCUGCCGUACUUCAACGUGACCACGGACAUCACCGCCUCAGCCAUGCGCGUCCACAAAGAUGGCUCCCUGUGGCGAUACGUGCGUGCCAGCAUGACACUCUCGGGAUACCUGCCGCCACUGUGUGACCCCAAGGAUGGGCACCUCCUCAUGGACGGCGGCUACAUCAACAACCUACCAGCGGACAUUGCUCGCAGCAUGGGUGCCAAGACGGUCAUUGCCAUCGAUGUGGGAAGCCAGGAUGAGACGGACCUUAGCACCUACGGGGACAGCCUCUCUGGCUGGUGGCUGCUGUGGAAGCGGCUGAACCCCUGGGCAGACAAGAUCAAGGUUCCAGACAUGGCCGAGAUCCAGUCUCGCCUGGCCUAUGUGUCCUGCGUGCGGCAGCUGGAGGUCGUGAAGUCCAGCUCGUACUGCGAGUACCUGCGCCCACCCAUCGACUGCUUCAAGACCAUGGACUUCGGGAAGUUCGACCAGAUCUAUGAUGUGGGCUACCAGUACGGGAAGGCCGUGUUUGGGGGCUGGACCCGGGGCGACAUCAUUGAAAAGAUGCUCACGGACCGACGGUCUGCAGACCUUAAUGAGAGCCGCCGUGCAGAUGUGCUUGCCUUCCCCAGCUCCGGCUUCACCGACUUGGCGGAGAUCGUGUCCAGGAUCGAGCCCCCCACGAGCUACGUUUCUGUUUCCGACGGCUGCGCAGAUGGGGAGGAGUCGGACUGCCUGACUGAGUACGAGGAGGACGUGGGGCCAGACUGCUCGCGGGACGAAGGGGGCUCUCCAGAGGGCGCGAGCCCCAGCACUGCCUCCGAGAUGGAGGAGGGGAAGCCGAUCCUCCGGCACCGGAGCUGUCUGCCGCAGGACGCCCCCAGAUCUGCGGAUGCCUGAGGACCUCGAGAGGGGUCCCCCCUUGGGCUGGACUAGGGGUGGGCCCUCUGGAGGCGGCUCACUGCCCCUCUGCCUGCUGCUAUGCCUGUGACCCCCCGGGGUCCCCCUUGACCCCCAGCCCCCAGGGUCCACACACUGGACUGGCUUGUCCCCCGGGGGAGGGCCAGCACUGCACUGAUGACCCUUGAUCAGUCCCACCAAUAAACCUGCCCCUCUCGGAAGCGGCCGUAUGUCAUCUUUGGGUUCAGGGGGCACCUCGUCCCACCUUCCAUGCUCAGGAUGGCCAGGGCUGGGGCCAGAAACGACCUUGAGCUUGUCACCAUGACCUGUGCUCCCAGCCUCGGGGUGAGCUUUCCCCACUGGGAGUGGCCAUCCCCAACUUCGCCUGUGAGCCCACACACAUACGUAUGUAUAUAUAUGGCAUAAAAUUUAUCAUUUUACCCCUUUUUAAGUGUACGGUUCAGUGGCACCAAACAGAUUCACAUUGUGCAGCCAUCCAUCCCCAGAAGUGUCUCACCUUCCCAAACUGAAACUCUGUCCCCAUGAAACACUCACUCCCUACUCCCCUCCCCCAGCCCCCGGCCCCCACCACUCUACUUUCUGUCCCUAGGAAUUGGACUUGUCUGUGGACCUCACGUGAGUGGAAUCAUAUAUUAUUUGUCCUUUUGUGUCUGGCUUAUUUCACUGAGCAGAAUGUCCUCAAGGUAUCUCCGUGUUGUAGCAGGUGUCAGAAUUUCCUUCCUUUUUAAAGGCUACAUAGUAUUCCAUCGUAUGGAUGGACCACAUCGUGUUUAUCCAUUUACCCGUCAGCGGACGUUUUGGUUGCUUCCACGUUGGGGCUGUUGUGAAUUGUGCUGCUCUGAAAACAGGUGUACAAAUACCCCUGCUUUCCAAUCCUUUAGGUAGAUACCCAGAAGUGGAUUGGCUGGACAUAGGGUAAUUCUAUGUUCAACUUUUUGAGGAAGUGCUAAACUCUUUUCCACAGCAGCUACACCACUUUAUGUUCCCACCUGCGAUGCACGUGGGUAGCUUUUAAGCAAAGGAGAGAACGGUCAGAUCUGUUUCUGGAAGCGGAUGGAGUGGAGGAGGCGGAGGCAGGGGGCCAGAGACCAGGGAGAGAUGACAAGGCCGAAAUUAGGACAGUGGACACAGAGACGGUGGGGAGGGGACAACACCCAAGAAAUGCGUACAAGAAAUUUUGGCAGAACUUGGAGAUUAAUGCUCGGUGGGAGCUCGGGACAGGGGAUGCCAAGGAGGAUGAAGGGACCUUGGCAUAGGUGACCAGGGAGGGGCAUCUUUUUUAAAAAAAUUUACAUCUAUUUAUUUUCAAUUAAAAAAAUAUAUUUUUGGCCACGC